AUGUCGUCAGUUUCGCUUGUCCCUCGAGUGGAGCAGGACAUUAAGGCGAGCAUGGAUAGCCUGCAGAUGAAUUUCGGUUUGGACGCCAAGGUGGUCGCAGAAGUGCUCGGCACUGGGAUUCGCCACCUCGAGGAGUUUCACUUCUUAUUCGAGAACGAGGCGGCUAUAGGUACCUGGGUGGGGAAGUUGGGACUAGGGGACGCCACUAUGUUGCAGACCGCCCGCCUUCGUAGGGCGUGGAAGGCAACAUGCACAUACUACACCCAGGCGGAGCAAGACCGCUCUAAGGUUGCCUUGGCCGACCUCGACUCGAUUUUGGCAGACUCCGAACUUCGCACGUUGAAGGAAGCCUUUUGGAUUCGCUACAAGUUGCGCUUUCCUGCCGAAGUGCAACCCUCCGACGCAACAGUCUCCCGCAUCUCUCGGGAACUUUCCAAAAGGAUGCUUUGUAUAUAUGACGUAUGGCGAGUGCGAUCCCUACAAUCCCAGUUAGGCACCUCACAAAAGCGGCGCAAGCUGGCUGAUGGCCUCUAUACCGAUGAGCCUGAAGUCGACGAGGUCGUCGCUCGGGAUGUGGAUACAUAUCUUCACAAGCUCCACACGCUUAUGAUCGCAUACGCGCACAACGGGGUGCAGGUGAUCGCGGGGGUUGACCCGGCGGGAGAGAAAACGCUGGGCGCCAACUCUUGCCAGUUCGUCGAGGUGCCUUUGGAUUGUGUGCUGGCAUACUACUACCGGGCCCGUAAGGCCGCCAUGCAAGUCGCUCCCGCGCAGCGGCUGAGCUGGCUUCAGCAUCGGGAUGCCGAGGAGCGAGCGGAGUGGGUCUCGCGGUUCCGGGAGGGGACCCGGACACUCGGAGCAGUUAUUAAAGAGGUUAAGCCCACAGCCCGCGUGAUGAAAGAUGGCACCAAGCUUUGCGGUGACUACCAGAAAGGGUCCUGCAAGCACGCACCUCCGUGCCCGAAUGGGGCCCAUCGCUGCGCCGUGGUUCUCCGGGCCGAGCGCGUCUGUGGUGCGCCCAACCAUGGGGCAGCGAAGUGCAAGGCCAAGGCGAAAGCGAGGAGGGAGUUGACCCCUUGCCUGGUGAUGCUUCACCGCGAAGACAUCACUCUGGGCCGGGCUUUUCAGUGCUGCGGUUGGAAAGUCUUGGCCGCCGAUCGCUUGACCCAAGAGGCCGAUUGCGUUUGGACGGGGCUGGCCGCGCCUCCGCCUAUCUCGCCGGACUCCUUCGAGCAGCUGUUGCAAGGCUGUGCCUCCAGAGGGGCUGCCGUUGUUCAGGUCGAGUUACACGACCGGUCCUUGCCGCCAGGGCAUGUGUACGUGGGGCGCGGGCACCAUUCGCACAGGCUGCCAGUUACCAAAUGGUGUUCCCCGUACACUCCAGGGCACGACUGCUCCCCGUCCGAGUGGAUGCAUCUCUUUGUCGAGCACAUCAUUUGCAAUUUCUGGACUUCUCUCCCCGACUUGCAGGGCGCGACCCUUGUCUGCGAUUGCCCCUUGGGCUCCUUGUGUGAAAGGGACGUCCUGGCAGGCCUGGUGUGGUACCAAUUGGCCUCGAGCCGGAGGGGAGGCAGCUGGCAGGGUAUGCCAGCCCCGGCAUGGAGUGCCGCGUGGGCCGCCUUCACCCAGAUACCAGCCUCUGUCGCCCACGUUAUUCCCUACUCCCCGCAGGAGUCCGUCAUCACGGCUUUCCGCAGCCUGUUCCCUUCCUCGGCCUUCCGUGGCUUCGUCUUUCCUUUCAUCGAGGACCUGGUGAACAGUCCUCCUUUCACUCUUUUCCCCCAGUGGUUGCGGGAACAAGGGUUGAUGCAGCGCACAGCGGAGGGUCAGGGCGCUUUCGGGGCUUUGGCUAGGGGGGACGACCCCUUGCCUACAGAACACCCUCCGGUCUUGGACCAAGACCGGGUCUCUUGGCCGCCUCGCGAGUUGAGGCGCGAGUGUGUCGGCCCGCUUCGGGAGUUGAAGCGCCGUUGGAGCCAUGUGGGGGACCACCUGCGUAAGCUCCAGACUCCGGCGGUCCGGAAGGUCACGGCCCAGCGGGACCUGGGCUUGCUCAGUCUCUUUGUUGUUCUGUUGUCUUGGCCGGACACCACUCUCCCUUCACACCUUUUGUUCGGCAUGCCCGCGGUCGGUACCUCUCUCCCCUGCGGAGUCUUCCCGCAGCAGGGCUUCGACACAAUUCCUCUCCAUCGUCUUUUCGAGAACGUGGAAUCCCACAACAAAGCUGUCCAAGGAUCUAUUCGGCCAGGCCCACACGAUGACUUUUUGCUGGAGCAAUCUACCAAGGACUUCGAAGCGGGGUUUUGUUCGGCACCGUUGUCCUGGUCGGAGCUUCUUCGCCACACCAAGGGCAAACCGAUUCGUUUGAUACCGAGGUGCGUGAUUUCUCAGGCUUCCGGGAAGCAGAGGGUGAUCGACAACGCGGACCAUGGAGGCCAGAGCGAGUUGAGCUCUGACUCUAACAAGUUGGUGUUGUGCUCAGCCCUCCGCCCGGCCCAGCAUGUUUCCUUGGCAAUGCGAUGCGCCAGCCCGGCGGUCGCCCGCCGCCUGCUGGAGGAAGACCAGUGGGAAGGCGGCGGCGAAGACUGGCCGGACGCCUAUCGCCAUUGCCCUAUGGACGAGGACCAGUCCAGGGCCUGCGUGGUGGUAUGGUACCAUAAGGAUUGGGCCCAGCCGGCGUACCAGCUAUAUUCCGGUCUCCUCUUUGGGCUCCCUUUGGCAGUGACCAGCUUCAAUCGGCUCAGCCGUUUCUCCGAGGCGGUGGGCCGCCGGCUCGUCUGUGUCCUGGUCUCUAUGUAUUUCGAUGAUGCGCACCUUACCGACCCCGCUUCUGCGAAGGGCUCAGCCCAGUUCGCCUUCUCCGAGGUCAACAAACUUCUGGGCUCCCCCUUCGCGGAGGCAAAGCGACAGCCGAUGAGCACAGUCGGCGACUUUCUCGGGCUGGAGUGGGACUUCCGCGACGUGGGGUGUCACCACGUCGUUAGGUUCUGGGUCCGGUCCAGGCUCCAAGCCAAGGUCGAGGGCCUUUUGUUGCAGGCUGAGCAGGAUAACUCCCUGCCUCCAGGCUUGGCGUCGAAGCUGUAUGGCAUGCUCAAUUUUCUCGAACAGGGGGUGUAUGGCCGCAUUGGCACAGGGGGCAUCGGCGCCCUCAAGGAACGCCAGUACGAGGCAGCUCGGGAGUUGACCCCAGCUAUCCGCUCGUCAUUCGAGGUUAUCCGAGCCAUCUUGGCACUGCGACCGCGUCGGUCCGUGGAGGUGCUACCCUCCCCCUGUGCCCGAUUCGUCGCAGCUAGCGAUGCCGCGGAGGACGAACCGCGCAAGGGCACGGGCGGUUUCCUGUUGCUCUGGCCGGGCAGCGAGCCCAGCCGCGAAGCCUUCGUGGCACAGGUCGAUCGGCAUACGUAUGAUGCCUUUCUCCCGGGGGAGGUUAAAAUCGCGCAGCUCGAGCUUUCAAUGGUCCUCUUCGCCCUUACAGCUCGGGCUUCUACUUUUCGUUCUCGUCGUGGCACAUGGUAUAUUGACAACGUAGCCGCGCUUAUGGCACUCAUUCGAGGGCGUUCCGAUUCUCCCGACCUCGAGCGGCUGGCACACCUCAUUCAUGUGGCCCUCUUCUCUCUUCAAGUUUGGGUAUACUGGGAGUGGGUACCCAGUAAGUCCAACUGGUCCGACUCGAUCAGUCGAUUGGGUGCGUCGGACCCGUGGGCUGCUUCUCGCGGCUUCUGCCUUCACCACGCUCUUUUUCCUACCGAGGUGUGGUCUCUGCCUCUGGUGCCGGCCAUGCUGGUGUUUCAGUUUCUGUAG